AUGGACCCGAUUGCACUGGUACCUCUUACUCGCUACUUGCCUACGUGGAAAGGAAACGUGAUAGAUUCAGACAUGGAGAUGAAUCAAGGUCGUGUUGUGGUAUCAUCAUCAUCAUCAAUGGAGAAGGAAGACUUGUAUGCUGUUAUGGAUUUGCACAACGAAUGUUCACAAGGCGAUCUCAAAAGUUCUUACAAGAACCUUGCUCUGAAAUGGCAUCCAGAUCGGUUUAGUGAAGAAAAUGAGAAAGACAGAGCCAAUACGAAAUUUCAAUCCAUUCAAAAAGCUUAUUCUGUUUUGUCGGAUUCGAACAAGAGGAUGUUGUAUGACAUCGGAGCUUACGACAGUGAUGACGACGAAACUGGAAUGGCUGAUUUCAUAAAUGAGAUGGUGACUCUGAUGUCUCAAACUCAAUCUACGGGAGAUGAAACCUUAGAAGAAUUUGAGAAGUUGUUUGAAGAAUUGUUGAUGGAUGAUGUGAAUCAAUUCAAAACUCCUCCAUCUUCAUUUCCUUAUGCACCAUUUAGUGGUGGCAUGGUGCAUGGCGAUGAUUUGUCAAAUGAUGAUAUCCCAAACAAAGUUAACUUUGACAGUUAUUGCUGUAUAAGUUCUGGUGAGGUGGGUGGUCCAUCCAAGAGUUCCGGCCUUGGCACUAGAAGAUCUAAGAAGUAG